UGCAGGAGAGACCUGCCGUGCAGCAUGGCAGCCUGAAUGCAUAGGGAGGAGAAAAGGAGGAGGGAGAAAAGCGGUAUUUUUUUUCCUCUCGAGUGCGUUUUUCUCUCCGUAAACCGACUCAAACCUGAACGGACUGAAUGUGGACGCGACUGCUGUGGAUUAUAUGCGUUUUUUAUGUGGAUAAAACACAACAACAGGAGUUUAAUUUGUGUGGAGAACUCGUGGAUCGAUGAGAGAAGACGGGCAGCCAGAGAGAAGCUCCCCGCUGACAUAAGAGAGUGAGGAGAUUACUGUAGAAGCUCAGAGGAGGCGAACAACACACAGGACCUCUCUCCUGCUGCCUUCAGAGCCAUGAGCCGGGCGCUUAUGGACCAUAUCGCCAGUAGUUUCAGCGAAGAUGCCCCUCGACCCCCGGUGCCGGGGGAGGAGGGCGAGGCGCCCUGCUACCCCGGCAAACUCGUAAUGAUGAAAGCCCUUGAACCCCCUAAAUCGGUUCUGCUCGGCUCUCCGGGCUCCUCAGCGAGGAGGAACGAGGAUGGUCUUGGGGAGCCAGAGGGGAGUGCCUCCCCGGACUCACCGCUGUCCCGGUGGACAAAGUCUUUGCACUCUCUCCUCGGGGACCAGGACGGUGCUCUACUUUUUAGGACAUUCCUGGAGCGAGAGAAAUGUGUUGAUACUUUAGACUUUUGGUUUGCCUGCAAUGGCUUCAGACAAAUGGACCUCAAGGAUACCAAAACGCAGAGAGUCGCCAAAGCAAUUUACAAACGCUACAUCGAAAACAACAGCAUUGUCGCCCAGCAGCUCAAGCCAGCGACUAAAACCUUUAUCCGGGAUAAUAUCAAGAAGCAGCACAUAGACUCUGCCAUGUUCGACCAGGCACAGACCGAGAUCCAAACAGACAUGGAGGAGAACGCGUACCAGAUGUUUCUGACCUCUGACAUUUACCUUGAGUAUGUGAGGACUGGGGGAGAAAACCCCAAUCAUGGUAACGCCAACGGACUGGGUGACCUGAAAGUUGUAUGUGGAUACCUGCCCACGCUCAAUGAAGAGGAGGAGUGGAGUUGUGAUUUCAAAGCCAAAGCACUGGUUGGACUGUCAGUGAAGGCUCAGAGGGCCAGCGUGUCCAUGAGGGAGGUGGAGGUGAUGGAAAGCGGAUACAGAUCAUACAAGAAAGGAGACUCCCUCAACCCCUGCCAUAUGGGCGCUUUCGCCCCCGUCAGCAGCACCAACGACAGCGAGGUGUCCAGUGACGCUCUCACCGACGAUGCCAUGUCCCUCACUGACAGCAGCGUAGACGGCAUCCCUCCGUAUAAGCAGGGAUCCAAGAAGCAGCUACAGAGAGAGAUGCAGCGCAAUAUGAGGAUGAACAGUCAAGUCUCUCUGCCUGCUUUCCCUCGCACUCGCCGUCCUCCCAAGGAGAUGGUCCCGAUGGAGCCGGCAGAGUUUGCAGCCCUGCUCAUCUCCCGCCUGGAGAGCCUGAAGAAAAAGCAGGACACCAUCAACUCUCUGGAGGAGAAGCUGCAGCAGAUUCAAGAGGUUUGGGAGGAAGAAAGAGAAGAUACAGAGAUUAUUGCAAGUGCUCCUCAGAUUUCUCCACACCCUUUGGCCCUCCUGCCUUGUUCAUCCGAAGAGGACCCACAGGCCAUCCUGGACGAACACCUCUCUCGCGUCCUGAAGACCCCGGGCUGCCAGUCCCCCGCCAUCAUCCGCCACUCACCUCGCUCUACAUCGCCAGAGCACAGUGCUUUCACACGGGCAGCCUUUGGAAUCAAGACCCUGGUAAGAACGGGGCCCUCCACUUCUUCUUCAGUCUCAAGUCCCGACCAAGCCGCCAUCACUCUGUCCUUGGGCCCUGGCCGGACCCUCGUGAGCAGGCAGAGUACGAAACACAUCCACCACCACUACAUCCACCAUCACGCCAGCCCCAAGACGAAGGAGCAGAUCGAAAGGGAGGCAGCCCUCAGGGUGCAUGGACUCUGCUCCAGCAGCAGCCAGUGCCAGCCCUGCCAGCCCUGCCAGCCAUACCAGCGCAGCCGCAGCCUGGGUAGAGAGAUGUGUGGGGCCGUGUCAUUGGACAACAACAUGGGACGUUCCAGCUCUCUGUCUCGGCGUGUGUGCCGUGCAGGGGCCGAGGAUGGAGCAACCGAGAGGUGUAUGGAGGAAUGCGGACUGCCCACCGACACAACUGACCCCACCCAAAAUGUGCUGCAGUGGAUCCUUGAGAGUAAACGGCAAGGGAGGCACAAGUCUCACAGUAACCAGAGCACCAAGAAAACCUUUGGAGGCUCUUCUGCCCAGACGCACACGUGGGGUGGCGGUGGAAGCUGUGGCCACCUACGUAGCCACCAGCCUGCCCAGCCAUUCAUCCAGGACCCAGCUAUGCCUCCUCUGCCCCCUCCCAACACUUUGGCGCAGCUGGAGGAGGCCUGCCGCAGACUGGAGGAGGUCUCCACCAAAACCACCAAGCAAAGGCAUUCAGUGUCCAGUGUCCAGCAAGAGAAGAGCCACCUAGUGCCUGUCCAGGGUGAGGGGUCCGUCCCUCAGUCUUUAGCCAGCCCCAGCCCCGCUGGUCUCCUCACCACCAGCCCCGGUCUCCAAUCAGAAGAGAUGAAGGAGUGUAAAAAAGGCUCAGGUGUGUGCAGCGGCGAGACAGUGGUGACGUAUUUCUUCUGCGGUGAGGAGAUUCCCUACAGGAGAACCAUGAAGAGCCACAGUCUCACUUUGGGCCACUUCAAGGAGCAGCUUCGCAAGAAGGGCAACUACAGGUACUACUUCAAGAAGGCCAGCGAUGAGUUCGAGUGCGGUGCGGUCUUCGAGGAGGUGUCCGACGACGGCUCCUUGCUGCCCACCUACGAGGGCAAGAUCCUGGGCAAGGUGGAGAGGAUGGAGUGAGGACCUCUCCCCGCUGUUACUGUGGACUACUCUCUUCAGUGGACUUCUUCACACGACGUCUUUUUAAGCUAAGACUGGAGAUGUUAAAGGAAUGUCUGGGAACUGGACAAAAGAAAGUUGUGGCUGUUAAAGGACUAUCAUGAGAGCAGCCUGCCUUUAAGUGAAGAAAACAAAGGAUUGUAUGUUGCUGGACUGAAACAUUUCCAUGUUUCCAGAACUCUCGAGACUCUAGGUGAACGACCACUCCUCAAAGAAGCGGGGUUAGAAUCCGAGACUGACAGCCGACCUGCCCCAGCCUGUGCCAGCACCUGCUCGCACCUCACUUAUAUGUAUAUGCAAAUAUACAUGUACAUUGCAUUGUAUUGUGAUGCUCGUAUUGCUGUGUAAAGAUUAUAUUGCUAUUUAUUGGAAAUAUCCCUGCCCUGAACCCUUUUAUUCUUCCAUGGACAAGCUGCUUGGAGUUGGAGAAACUUCUAUUAUUUUUCCAGAUCCUAGAAUAUUAUUUUUUAUUCAUUCCCGUCUGUGCAUCAGUUCUAGAGCAAAGGAAAUGGGUUUUAUUCAUUUUCUGCCCCUCAUAUUGAACUGUAAACUUCAAAGAUACCUCUUCAAUAACUCCACUCGUGUUCCUGGAGGUUUUAGUGGGACAUCUCUGAUCUCUUGGCUGGAGAGCUUACUGCUGAAGCUUUGAGAACAGCUCUCUUUUCACUUAAAAGUUUGAUAAUAUAUUUACUACUGCAGUGCUAUUUGUGGUUGUGUCCCCAUCUGCUCCGAAGGGCCCUGGGUGUACUUUGAAAAAGGAACAAAAAAUGCUAUUAAUGUUUAAUUCCCUUCUCUGGGACUGUGCCCAGCUAGCCUUGAUCUGUCGCGUCUUAGUGCCUUUGUUUCAGUGGCGCAGGCAUCGCACAAAUCGCCUACGUAUUUGCUAAGAGGAAACUGCCCUGAACAGGUCCCCAAAAUGUGUUUACACCAAUGUUCAUAUUUACCAACGAAAAGCUCUAUAUGUGCUCCCCAAUGUGCUUACCUUUGUGAUUGUGUGACUGAGUUGUUGUUGAGUAGGGGUUACUCUUUGUGUGUAUUUGAAGCCUGCACUGUGCUGCAGAUGCUAAUGAUGGUGGUGAUUUACACUAUGUCCAUAGUGUUUUAAUUGAGUACAGUAGCUGUGCCUACAUGGAUUCUUGCCGUGUUUUACCCAGUUUUCAGGGUCUUAUUACUCCCUUGGUUUUCACAAGGGGCCUUAUGUUGAAAAGAUAUUUUUAUGCCUUUAGUAUCCGUUUCAUCAUGUUUAUGUUUUAUAAUAUUUUUCAUGGCUUCCUUGGCUCCACUUGUAAACUGUAAAUUAUGCGUUCUAUAGAGCUCAGUUGAAAAGAUGCCUCGGUACUUUAAUUAUUGUAAU